UUGGGGGAUUAUUUGCAGUUUAAUUCUGAAUGAUCAAUUUCCGUGAAACAAAAUGUUUAAAGACUUUUCAAUAAUUCAAUGUGAAUCAUUUAUGCUAGUUAUAGUAGUUAUGUCUGUCUGCUUUAUUUGUUCUGCUCUAUUUGUUCUGCUCUCUGAUUUAGACUUUUUUGCUCACAAAUACACGCGUUUUUGUUUCUUUUUUGUGAUUGUGUUCGGAAUAGUAAAAGUAUUAACCAAUCAUUAAUACAAAUAAAUUAAUAAAUUAAAAAAGGUACAUAAUUUGCCCUGAGUUUUAGUCCUUUGCUGCUCCAGGUAUGGAAACACCCACUGGCUUGGUAACCAAUCGAUCGUUACACAUUUUCGGCGCCUUCGCCUCGUCGCUUUCACGCCCCCUGCAGUGCUCAAGUUUCCCUCGUUCAUCUAACUCGUCGUCAGAAAACACAACAGAAGAAUGUCCAGAAGGUCUUUAGAAGUAUCACUUCUUCUUGGAGAUGUGUUUCUUGAUCAGACACAGAAAGAGAAAAAAAAUAAAGUCAAGAGUUCUAAGCGACAUCCCAUGAUUGUAAUGUGGAAGCGAAGGGACAGAAAUGGGAAUGUUGUAAGGCCGCUUCGAGGAAAAACUGCAGUAAAAUCAAAACUUACAGGAAGACCUCCUAAACGCGCUCCCACCAGUUUGCCCAUCCAAGAGGAAUGUGUUUAUCCAGCAGAAACUGUCUCACUCAUUGAAGAAUUGGGGCAUAUCCUCAAUGACGAAUGUGUUCAGCCUGAAGAGGGGCCUGACAAAACAACCUGGCAAAAGCGGCAAUCUCUAAGCCAUGAAAGAUGGAACAUUGCAAGGGAGGCCAUGGUUAAUAAUCUUUUGGCUGCUGAACAUGUUCAGGAAUGCAUCUGCCAACACUGUUUAACUACUGAGGCCAUUGUACGGUGCAGGGACUGUCUACCUAGGCAGUAUCUAUGCAGUAUGUGUGAUGGAGAUGUCCAUCUGCACCUUCCUCUCCAUAACAGGGACUCUAUGGCCCAUGGGUUCUUCAAGCCAUUGUGUCCAACCACUGCAGUGAAGAGACACUCCGAGUCAUUUGAGUUCUCUGAACAGGUCCGAUAUCUUCCGCUACUUUUGCCAGACAAAAUCUGUGCCUGUUCAGAAAGUUCAUGCAGAGUGAUCAGUGGCAAGCCCAUUAUUGUAAUUAAUUUGAAUGGACGGUACAAUCUCACCCUUCCAUUGCUGGAGUGCUCACUCUGCAGGACAAAAUCGGCAGUGGGGCUCAGCGGUCUCCUCAAGUCUGGCUAUUGGCCAGCCUCUAUACAAUUUGAGACCGUGUAUGAGGUUGGCCUUUUUAGGUCUUUUCUGGAUUUAAAACUUUUUGCUCCAGGUCUUUCACGUCAAGCAUUCCUUGCAAUUCUUGACCGAAGAACAAAGUACAAUGGCAGGAGUGGUAAAAUAUGUGGAGACACAUUCCAGAAAGCCUUUCUGGAGUGGACCUUUGCCUUGCAUGAGGUUGAGAGGCUUUGUGGUGUCCAGCCAUUUAAAUGCCCCGCUUGCUGUCCAUCCAUGCAUGCUAUCUCAGUAGAUGGUAACAGGAAGCUUUACAGGUUUCAUAAUGCACAUGGGACAGAGAAGGGCUAUUUCGAUGGCACAUUCAUCAUGAAAGAUGAUGAUGUUUCCUCCUUUGUGGGAUAUGUUCAUGAAAAGACCAAGCAUGCCACAAGUAAAGGGAUGUGUGGCACCUCUCAAUGGAGAGCAGCCAAAGAGUCUGCUAAAAAGUCGACAUCAAAAAUUGAUGAGGAAGGCCUUGAGAUUGCUGUGUGCCGACAUGGAGGACUUUUAAAAGCCCUAAAUAUUUUCAGAGGCGAAAUAUUUGCUUAUCCCCUGUUCCUUCAAAACACACUCUCAAAAGAAAAUGUGACGUUCUUCUGCUCAGAUGUCGCCUGCAAGUACUGGCCAUACUUAAAGAGAGUGGUGGGACACUGUCCAGAGCUAAGGCCUUUACUAAAUAUGCACCCACUAUUAUCAGUCAUGCAUGCCAAAGCACACGAGUGGAGUUGUGAGAUAAAAUGGUCUGGAAAAAACCAAGAGGGAGCUGGUCUUACAAUUGGAGAAGAGGUGGAGCAAGUCAACUCCUUCUUGUCGAGAGCUGCAAUCUGCACUAAAUAUAUGUCCAAAGCUGGUAAAAAAUGUUAG